CAAGUCACAGCAACAGCCGUUUGCCUCGGCUUAAAGAGGCGCGGCAGCGAAGCAUCGGUAAGUGUCGAUUUGCCGACGUCAACGGUGCUCCUUAUAGAAGUGUAACGUUUCCGGCCAGUGCCUGUCUCCUGUGAUUCCAUCAACAUCUGCGACAAUUAAUCCCUCCGGUUUUCUUUUUCAUCGUGUCGCAUUUCCACACGCUAUUCACAGAUUCAAGAUGGCGGAUCAAUUGAGGUUUGAUGGCCAGGUUGUUGUCGUCACCGGCGCGGGCGGCGGUCUCGGCAAGGCUUAUGCCACCUUUUUUGCAUCGCGCGGCGCCAGCGUGGUGGUGAACGACCUCGGUGUGUCGUUUAAGGGCGAGGGCAAAGACACAAAGGCCGCCGAUGUCGUCGUCAACGAGAUCAAGGCCGCCGGCGGCAAGGCGGUUGCCAACUAUGACAGCGUCGAGAACGGCGACAAGAUCAUCGAGACAGCCAUCAAGGCUUUCGGCCGCAUCGAUGUGCUCAUCAACAACGCCGGCAUCCUGCGCGACGUCAGCUUCAAGAACAUGAAGGACCAGGACUGGGACCUGAUCUUCAAGGUACAUGUCAAGGGCAGCUACAAGUGCGCCCGGGCUGCCUGGCCGUACUUCCGCAAGCAAAAGUACGGUCGCGUCAUCAACACGGCCUCGGCCGCCGGCCUGUUCGGCAACUUCGGCCAGGCCAACUACUCUGCUGCCAAGCUCGCCAUGGUCGGCUUCACCGAGACGCUCGCUAAGGAGGGCGCCAAAUACAACAUCAUCUGCAACGUCAUUGCCCCUGUCGCUGCGAGCCGCAUGACCGAGACCGUCAUGCCGCCAGAUGUCCUCGCGCUCAUGAAGCCCGAGUGGGUCGUGCCCCUGGUGGCCGUCCUGGUGCACAAGAACAACACGAGUGAGAGCGGCUCCAUCUUCGAGGUCGGUGGCGGCCACAUUGCGAAGCUUAGGUGGGAGCGGUCCAAGGGGCUGCUGUGCAAGUGCGACGAGUCCUACACCCCGAGCGCGGUCCUCAAGAAGUGGGAUCGCGUGACAGACUUCUCCAGCCCGCAAUACCCCAGCGGGCCCAAUGACUUCCUGGCGCUGCUCGAGGAGUCGCAGAAGCUCGGCCCCAACGACCAAGGUGAGAAGAUCGACUUCACCGGGCGCGUUGCCCUCGUCACUGGCGGCGGCGCGGGCAUUGGCCGUGCCUACUGCUUGGCAUUUGCCAAGGUGGGUGCGGCUGUGGUCGUCAACGACCUGGCCAACCCCGAUGAUGUGGUCAAUGAGAUCAAGAAGAUGGGCGGCAAAGCUGUGGGAGCCAAGUUCUCGGCCGAGGACGGCGAUGCGGUUGUCAAGACUGCCAUCGAUGCCUUUGGACGCAUUGACAUUGUCAUCAACAACGCCGGCAUCUUGAGGGACAAGGCAUUCGCCAACAUGGAUGACAGCCAGUGGGAUGCCGUCAUGAACGUGCACGCCCGCGGCACCUACAAGGUUACGAAGGCCGCCUGGCCGUAUUUCCUGAAGCAGAAGUAUGGCCGUGUGGUCAACACCACCUCGACCAGCGGCAUCUACGGCAAUUUCGGCCAGGCGAACUACUCCGCGGCGAAAUGUGCCAUCCUCGGCUUCUCUCGCGCGCUUGCGCUUGAGGGUGCCAAGUACAACAUUUACGUCAACACGAUUGCCCCGAAUGCGGGCACCGCCAUGACCAGGACCAUCCUGCCCGAGGAGCUUGUCCAGGCCUUCAAGCCCGACUACAUUGCGCCCUUGGUGCUCGCUUUGUGCAGCGACAAGGUCCCUAACCCGACCGGCGGCCUGUACGAGGUCGGCAGCGGCUGGGUCGGCCAGACGAGGUGGCAGCGGACCGGUGGCUACGGCUUCCCCGUCGAUGUGCCGCUCACUCCUGAGGCGGUCGUCAAGCACUGGGAUGCCAUCGUCACGUUUGACAACCGUGCCGACCACCCCGAGAAGACGCAGGACAGCCUGCAGAAAAUCAUGGCCAACAUGGAAAACCGGAGCGGCGAAGGAAAGAGUGCGUCCGGUGGGAGCAACCAGUACCUUGACGCCAUCCAGAAGGCGCUCAAGGCCGAGGGUAAGGGCACCGAGUUCAAGUACACGGAUCGCGAUGUGAUACUGUACAAUCUGGGGAUCGGUGCCAAGCGCACCGACCUGCGCUAUGUCUUCGAGGGUAAUGACGAAUUCCAAGUCAUCCCCACCUUCGGCGUGAUCCCGCCAUUCGACGCCGAGACGCCAUAUAACCUCGACGACCUGGUCCCCAACUUCUCCCCCAUGAUGCUGCUCCACGGCGAGCAGUACCUCGAGGUCAAGAAGUACCCGAUCCCUACCUCAGGCCGGCUCAUCUCCAGGGCCAAGCUGCUUGAGGUGGUGGACAAGGGCAACGCGGCCAUUGUCAAGUCCGGCGUGACCACGGUCAAUGCCGAGACGGACGAGGAGCUCUUCUACAACGAGAUGACCGUCUUCCUGCGCGGCUGCGGCGGCUUCGGCGGGCAGAAGAAGCCGGCUGAUCGCGGCGCCAGCACCGCGGCCAACAAGCCGCCUGCGCGCGCGCCCGACGCCGUGGUCGAGGAGAAGACCAUCGAGGAACAGGCUGCUAUCUACCGGCUGAGCGGCGAUUACAACCCCCUUCACAUCGACCCAGCCUUCGCCAAAAUGGGCGGCUUCAAGGUGCCCAUCCUGCACGGGCUGUGCUUCUUCGGCUUCGCCGGCAAGGCCGUCUACGAGAAGUUUGGCGCCUUCAAGAACAUCAAGGUACGCUUCGCGGGGACGGUCAACCCCGGUCAGACGCUGGUCACCGAGAUGUGGAAGGACGGCAACAAGGUCAUCUUCCAGACCAAGGUGAAGGAGACGGGCAAGUUGGCGAUUGGCGGGGCUGCGGCUGAGUUGGUUCCUUCUUCUUCUUAGGAGAAUGGAGAGGAGGAAGCGGGCCCACCGCCUAUUACUACUAGUGGACGUGGUGGAAGGGGAAGGAGGAAAAUAGGGGUGAAGGAGACGGCAAGCGGAUUCGCCUUGUUGGGACUUAUUUGUUACUUGUCGCGUUGGGGAUCGGCAUCUCUUUGAGGAAAGUAAGUGAUGGACUGGGUUGAUGUUGGUGCGCUGUACGGUUGGGGCUUCUUUAGGACGCCGAGGACGCUCUGGGAGCGCCUCGGGAAUGAAUGUGUUCGGGUUAACUAAGGAUUAGAUGAGCCUUUGUCCAUGUGGUGUUUAAUAGGAUCCCCCCCCCUAUUGUCGAUGAAGGCGGGAGUCCAAAUCCACACCACAGGGAGAAGGCUUAUCCAAUCCUUAGUUGACCCGGAUCUAUUUGUUCCAGAGGCGUUCGUUCCCCGAGCCUCCUCGGC